AUCAUCACUGGUGGUUCUCAUGCUGGUGUGAUGAAGCAAGUUGGGGAAGCAGUACGGGACUUCAGCAUGAGCAGCAACUUUAAAGGCGAGAUUGUCACCAUUGGGAUUGCCACAUGGGGAACCGUAUACAAUCGUAGUAGCCUCAUAUGUCCCAUGGGUAGCUUCCCAGCUGAAUAUGUGAUGGAUGAAGAGACCCAAGGGAACCUUUCUUGCUUGGAUAAUAAUCACUCACAUUUUAUCCUGGUGGAUGAUGGGACACAUGGGAAGUAUGGUGUAGAGAUUCCCUUGAGGACCAGGCUUGAGAAGUUCAUUUCAGAGCAAACCAAAGUGAAAGGAGGAGUUGCCAUUAAAAUACCAAUCGUUUGUGUAGUACUGGAGGGUGGUCCUGGGACACUUGACACCAUCUACAAUGCAAUUACAAAUGGCACCCCCUGUGUGAUUGUGGAAGGCUCAGGACGUGUGGCUGAUGUCAUUGCUCAGGUGGCUAACCUUCCCAGCCCCAAAAUAAGCAUUUCCCUAAUUCAGAGGAAAUUGAUCACAUUCUUCAAGGAUGGCUAUGAGCAGUUCACUGAGAGCAAGAUUGUGGAAUGGACCAAAAAGAUCCAAGAUAUUGUGCGAAACAGGCAACUUUUGACCAUCUUCAGGGAAGGCAAAGAUGGACAACAGGAUGUUGAUGUGGCCAUUCUACAGGCCAUGCUUAAAGCCUCCCGAUAUCGUGAUCACUUUGGCCAUGAGAACUGGGACCACCAGCUAAAGCUAGCAGUGGCGUGGAACAGGGUGGAUAUUGCCCGAAGUGAGAUUUUUACUGAUGAUCAUGAGUGGAAGCCCUCUGAUCUUCACCCCAUGAUGGCAGCUGCUCUCAUAGGCAACAAGCCAGAUUUUGUGAAGCUCUUUCUGGAGCAAGGAGUACGCCUGAAGGAGUUUGUGACCUGGGACACUUUGAUCUACCUCUAUGAAAACACAGCAUCAUCCAGUGUCUUUCAUGGGAAGCUGCAGAAGGUGUUGCUGGAAGAGAAGGAGUGCUCAGCCUUCUCCAAAGUGCCAAAGAUCCAAUUGCACCAUGUGUCCCAAGUGCUGAGAGAACUGCUGGGAGACUUCACACAGCAGCUGUACCCCAAACCGAAAAACACCGAGCGACACCGUCUCUCCAUUGCCGUGCCUCAUAUCAAACUUAAUGUACAAGGAGUAAGUCUUCGAUCCCUCUACAAGCGUUCUGCUGGCCGGGUCACAUUCACCAUGGAUCCUGUGAGGGACUUGCUUAUUUGGGCAGUUGUUCAAAGCCGCAAGGAGUUGGCUGACAUCAUCUGGGCCCAGAGCCAGGACUGCAUUGCAGCAGCUUUGGCCUGCAGCAAGAUGCUAAAGGAGUUAUCCAAGGAAGAAAAUGAUACUGACAGCACUGAGGAAAUGCUGGCCCUGGCAGAGGAAUACGAGUAUCGAGCCAUUGGUGUCUUCACUGAAUGUUACCGGAAAGAUGAAGAAAGAGCCCAGAAGCUCUUGAUUCGUGUUUCUGAUGCUUGGGGAAAGACCACCUGCCUACAACUAGCCUUGGAGGCUAAAAAUAUGAAUUUUGUUUCUCAUGGGGGCAUCCAGGCCUUCUUAACCAAAGUUUGGUGGGGGAAGCUGAGUGUCGAUAAUGGGAUGUGUCGUGUCAUUGUGUGCAUGCUGUUUUUCCCCCUCCUCUACACUGGCCUCAUCACUUUCAGAGAGAAGAGACUCCAACCAAUGACUUGUCUGAACCGCUUCCGGGCCUUCUUUACAGCUCCUGUUGUCAUCUUCCACCUCAACAUCCUUUCUUAUUUCACCUUCCUCUGUCUCUUUGCCUAUGUGCUAAUGAUAGAUUUCCAGUCAACUCCAUCCUGGAGGGAGUAUAUCAUCUAUUUCUGGCUUUUCUCCUUAGUGUGUGAGGAGACACGUCAGCUCUUUUAUGAUCCAGAUGGGUUUGGCUUGUUGAAAAUGAUGUCUUUGUACCUCAAUGAUUUCUGGAAUAAAUUGGAUGUGUGUGGUAUCCUUAUCUUUAUAGCUGGCCUGGCCUGCAGAUGGAUUCCAGCUUCUUUGUAUCCUGGAAGGAUUAUAUUAUCUCUGGCUUUUAUUAUUUUCUGCUUGCGCCUGAUGCACAUUUUCACAAUCAGUAAAACUCUUGGCCCCAAGAUCAUCAUAGUAAAGAGGAUGAUGAAAGAUGUCUUUUUCUUCCUUUUCCUUUUGGCUGUUUGGGUGGUGUCCUUUGGAGUGGCCAAGCAAGCCAUCCUGAUACACAAUGAGAAGCGGGUGGAUUGGAUUUUCCGAGGCGUUGUCUACCAUUCUUAUUUAACAAUAUUUGGGCAGAUCCCAUCCUACAUUGAUGGAGUGAACUUCAACCUCGAUCAGUGCAGCCCAAAUGGGACUGACCCCUACAAGCCCAAGUGCCCUGAGUACAAUGGGCAGCCUGUCUUCCCGGAGUGGUUGACAAUAAUUUUGCUGUGCCUCUACCUGCUCUUCACUAACAUUCUCCUCCUCAACCUCCUCAUUGCCAUGUUCAAUUACACAUUCCAGCAAGUUCAGGAGCACACUGAUCAGAUCUGGAAGUUUCAGCGACAUGACUUAAUUGAAGAGUACCAUGGGAGGCCCCCAGCUCCACCACCCUUCAUCCUCUUAAACCACCUGCAGCUUUUUGUCAAACGGGUCUUUCUCCGGAAGCCGGCCACUCGGCACAAGCAGCUUAAAGAGAAGCUUGAGAAGAAUGAAGAGGCAGCUCUUUUAUCCUGGGAAAUGUAUAUGAAGGAAAACUAUUUGCAAAUCCAGCAGUGCCAAUGGAAGCAGAAUAGUGAACAGAAGAUUCAGGACAUUGCAGACAGAGUGGAUAAACUGGCAGAAAUGCUGGACCAUGAUCAGGUGAAAAGGACAGGACUGGUGGAGCAGAAGUUAGGAUACCUGGAAGAACAGUCAUUCCAGUUUGCAAAGGCCCUCCGGUGGGUUGUUCAGUCGCUGUCUAACAGUGGAUUUGGAGCAGAAGAAGAUGCUCCUAUCAUAGUCCCCAGCAAAGCCCCUGAGAUUAAGGAGUCUUCUGGAGAUGACGUCCCAGAAUCUUUUCAUACCCUAUACCAUGUGAGCGCAAGGAACCUCAUGUAUCCCAGCUCCAGUGCUGUCCGCUUUCCUGUGCCAGAUGAGAAAGUGCCAUGGGAGAUAGAGUUUGAGAUAUAUAAUCCACCCUUUUACAGUGCAGAGCAGCAAGAGAACGCUACACCGGAAUUUCUGAGAGACUCACUGGAGAAUCUUUCAAGAAUAAACUUCAACAGUAUGGAUGGAGAUGUCAACAGACAGAGCUUUCAUGGUACCUAUCUGGUUGAAGAUGGCCUGCCACUGAAUCCCAUGGGAAGGACAGGUCUGAGGGGCCAAGGGAUUCUUCGUUUCUUUGGACCAAAUCACGCACUUCACCCUGUUGUGACGCGCUGGAGGAGGAAUAUGGAUGGAUCCAUUUAUCGAAAAAGCUUAAAGAAAAUGCUUGAAGUCUUGGUGGUGAAAUUUCCCUUUUCGGAUCACUGGGCUUUGCCUGGAGGAUCUCUGGAGCCGGGUGAAGCACUGCCACAGAAGCUGAAGCGGGUUUUGAGACGUGAAUUCUGGCCACAGUUUCAGAAAUUGCUGAAUCAGGGCACUGAGAUAUACAAAGGAUAUGUUGAUGACCCCAGGAAUACUGACAAUGCCUGGAUAGAGACAGUGGCCAUCAAUGUGCACUUUGAAGACCAGAAUGAUGUGGAGAUGAAGCGUAUGAAUUCAUUUCUCCAAGGCUGUGAUCUUGAGGUGACUGCCCGAUGGCAGGUUGUGGACAAAAGAGUCCCCUUGUAUACGAACCACAAAGAGCUGCUGCAGAAGGCAUCUGUUCUCUUGGGGGCAUACUACUGAUGACACAGCAGCACCUUCUCUGCCAUCACUACCAAUGCUGUUUAACCAUAACUUCCGGAAUCCGUAACUACUGACAUAUCCUUCUAUGAUCUGAAAUCCAACAACAUCUAGUAAGCAAUUCCAGUAUGAUGGCAGCCUCCAAUGUGCAGCUUUACCCUGUCAAAAUAUAGAGGUGAAAUGAGGCCUUAUGUAACUUUGACUCCAGUUCAUCACUCUACUCUCUUUGCCUCAAGAAUGCCAAACCUUACUGGACUAAUCUUGAACCAGAACACUGGCUCUACUUUCUGCUGUCUCCAGUCUGACAUACUCACUGGGCUGGCAUACAGUGGUGCAGGAGAAGGCCUUGUUUCCAGUUCUAUGCAAUCCAACUUUUCUGCAGGCUCCCAGCUAUAACCACCAGCCUCAAGUUCAGUAUCGGGAGCCCAGUCCUGUACCACAGUCAGUACAGGGGCCUCAACCUUCAUCUCUGAACCAGAGUCCAUGACAUCAGAUAGUAAACUAUAUCAUCACCAGAUACCCAAAUGCCACAUAACCAAUUCUAUGGAUAUGCAAAGCUUUUCCAGCCAUGGUAGGUGCUCCAUUUCUAUGGACAGAGACAAUCUGUGCAUAAAGACUAUUUUAUUUGCAAAUUAGCUUCCCCUCCUGCAAUUAUUGGGAUGUGAAUAUAUGCAGGGUUUCUAUGUAUAUAGGCUGAGGCCUUUCUGGUGUAAUGGGGGAAGGUGAGUGGGGACAUCAAGGCACAGAUGCAUCUUUGACUUGCCACACCUUCCUCAACCUGGUGCCAUCUAGAUGUUUUGGUGUACAACCCCAGCAUCUGUAACCACCAUAGCCAAGGCUCAUUAUAUAGAAAAAUCCAUCUUCUUAAAAUAUAGAAUGUCAUGAGUAUUUUCAUCAUUGUAAAUGGUGCUGGUCCAGUCUUUCUGUAAUGUACUACCAAUCCAGUAUGUGCAAAACUGAUUAAAAGAGACUGUUUCACAUGCCUGUUGAAAAUGCAAUUCUUUACACACACACACACACACGCACACACACUUUUGGCAGUAAUGCUUCUAUACCUAUUCCCAAUACUCACUUUGGA